CAGAGGUAGCCGCUGCGAUGAAGAUAUUUUUUGUUUUAUUUUGCGUGGAGUUUAUCAACGUAAUAGCCAUGGUCCAUCAGCGCUCUGCAGGUGGCACUAAACGUUUUCAUCCAAAGCAAAUGAGGAAAGUUAAAGUGAUUCUUCCUAGUGGCGAACAAGAACAAAACAAAGUGUUAGAAAAAAUGUCUCCGGAAUACAAAUACAAGGAUUAUGGCGAUAGUGAAAACUUUGAGAACAAAGAUGACUCGAAUAUCUCUAAUAUGUUGGAUAAACAAACGAUCGAGGAACUAAAGUCGAAGAACUUGUUGGAUGGAGAUACCAAACACGCAACUCGAAGUGGGCCCAGUCUUUUGAAGGUUGUGACACCAAGUAGGAACAAUCUUGGCGCAGAAUCACUAGAAAAGUUGAAUGUUUUGUUGCAAAAUACAUUGCCUGAAUAUAAAUUUGAUAGAGCUGAGAGAGGUCCUGGCUUUUCUUAUGGGGAUUGUGUUGAUCUUGACCCAGAUUGUUGGAAAUAUGAGAUGCAUGGCUUAUGUAGUGAUAGCCCUGAUUUGGCAGAGAAACGCUUUAAUUGUAAGAAGACAUGCCACCUUUGUGUCAGUGUAGCGGGAACGAGAAGACAGACAAAAACAAGAAAAAAGAAGCAAUAAAACCAUGAUAUCUCGCUGCUAGGUAUAAUUUGGUGAAUGUUCGAAAGAAUUUGUACAGGAAUGUAGUUUGGAUCAGAAAUAAACCUGACCAGGUUUAUGGUCUCGAGAAAGCAAACUGCAAACAUAAUCGUCAGGCCUCUCUGAAGUUGUCAGAAGAUUUUCUUCACACUUUCGUGGAAGUAUAAUAUACUAUAGACGCUAUUUUAUAUAUCACAAAUAUAUUUACAAAAUAUCUAUGUGGUUGUAAGCAUAUCUAUCUCUUGUAUUUUUACCAUUUCGCUACGUUAAUAUGCUUCAAUUAGAAGGAAGAUAGAAAGGAAGAUAGAAAGGAAGAUGGGUUUUCUAUUCUAAAUAUUUCUUGAUACAUCUUUUUUGCACCGAGCAAACUCGAUGGGUUUUCUAUUCUAAAUAUUUCUUGAUACAUAUUUUUUGCACAGAGCAAACUCGAUGGGUUUUCUAAAUAUUUCUUGAUACAUAAGUAAGAGGAAACUCGAUGGAUUUUCUAAAUAUUUUCCGUUAUUUCUUCCCUCGAGUUGCGCAGCCCACCACCCCACUGGAUGGGUUUGAUGGGGGGUGUAUCGUUUAUUGACCAAUCAAAUUUCUGAUUGAAAUUGCUACACGUAGAUUCUCAUCGUAAAUAUGGCGCAGCCCGAGUACCAGGCAGGGUUUGGCAAUGAAUUUUCAUCAGAAGCGCUAGAAAACGCGCUACCGAAGGGACAGAAUAGCCCUCAAAAAUGCUCUUAUGGUUUGUAUGCUGAGCAACUUUCAGGGUCUGCAUUUACUUGUCCCAGAGAUACAAAUAAGCGAAGCUGGUUAUAUCGUAUCCGACCAUCUGCUGUUCAUGAACCAUUUCAGACAUUUGCUGUGGAGUAUUUCACCAAUGACUGGACAAAAUAUCCACCCAACCCUAAUCAGUUUCGAUGGAAACCCUUUGAUCUUCCUACCAAGGACUGUUCUGCAGACUUUGUUGAGGGUUUGAAAACAAUUUGUGGAGCAGGAGAUCCAAAAGUGCGAAAUGGAGCUGUUAUUCAUAUCUAUUCAUGUGAUAAAUCAAUGAAGGACAGAUGUAUGUAUAAUUCAGAUGGUGACUUUCUCAUUGUUCCACAGCAAGGGUCAUUAAACAUCACAACAGAGUUUGGGAAAUUGUUGGUGAAACCAAAUGAAAUAUGUGUCAUCUGUCAAGGAAUGCGCUUCAGUGUUGACGUCACUGAACCAUCUCGUGGUUAUAUUCUGGAGGUUUUUAAUGCUCAUUUUCAACUUCCUAAUUUAGGACCUAUUGGUGCAAAUGGACUGGCCAACCCUCGCGAUUUUCUCACACCAGUAGCGUGUUUUGAAGAUCGUCGUCCUCCUGAUGGAUACACUGUCAUUAACAAGUUUCAGGGAUCUCUUUUUUCUGCCAAACAGGGUCAUUCCCCGUUCGAUGUGGUGGCCUGGUUUGGAAAUUACGUGCCUUAUAAAUAUGAUCUUGCUAACUUUAUGGUUAUUAAUUCUGUUUCUUUUGAUCAUGCGGAUCCAUCUAUCUUUACCGUGUUAACUUGUCCCAGUGUGAAACCUGGUGUGGCAAUUGCUGAUUUUGUCAUAUUUCCCCCUCGCUGGGGUGUUGCUGAACACACGUUUAGACCGCCAUAUUAUCAUCGAAACUGCAUGAGUGAAUUUAUGGGUCUCAUAUUUGGAAACUACGAAGCGAAGGAGGAAGGUUUUGCACCGGGUGGUGCUAGUUUACACAGUAUGAUGACGCCUCAUGGUCCUGAUAAACAGUGUUUUGAGAAAGCGUCCACUGUUGAGGAACUGAAGCCUGAGAGGGUCGCUGAUGGCACGAUGGCUUUUAUGUUUGAGUCGUGUUUAAGUUUGGCUGUUACAAAAUGGGCUGCGGAAACAUCAGAGAAACUGGACAAAAAUUACUACAAAGUUUGGUCAGAAAUUGAAAGUCAUUUCGACCCUAAUUGGAAACCAGAAAAACGGUAAAGGUUUGAUUAAGAAAAAGAACGAAAUAUUAAUUUUCUCCAGCAACAACUGACACGGUGUCGAAGGAUAAAAAAAUGUGGUGAACAAAU